GCGAGGCGUUUCACCUGUCUUUAAUUGAGUUUAUGAGCGAAGAGAAGCUUCUGCUUGCAGAGUUGAACUAUACGGAUUAUAGUUUGGAGUUUUCUGUAGCUGACGACUAAAUAAUAUAAUAAUAUUCAAUUAAAAAAAUGUCACAAAAAGAUUUCCUGUUCGCCAUUGUAUCUACGUUUGUAAUAUUAAGCAGUAUAUUCACAGCCAAUUCUGAAAUACCGGUAAAAGCAAUGGAUGCCGAAACCAAUUCGCCAGCGCGCGCUCCGGAGAAAAAAGUGAGCUCCCGCUAUUUCGGUCUGCGGAGCUGUCACCAGGUGCUUCGCGGGGAGAGCGGCGAAUUCUUCUCCCCGGACUUCCUGUGCUCCAACCCGCCGCUGUGGUGCAACUGGACCAUCGCGGCGCCGCCGGGGAGACGCAUUCGCCUGCACCUGGACGACUACACGCCGGCCGACUCGUGCCACCUGAAGCGGGGCGAGAUCCACCUGGACGAGUCGCCGGGCUCCGGCAGGCACCGCACCCUGCGGCAGUGCUGGCGGAGCGCCGUGUACACGUCCGACUCCAGCACGCUGCACGUGGUGCUUCUCAUCAACGGCAGCCAGGAGCCCGCCUACCGCGGCUUCCGCGCCCGGUACCAAGCGUUCGGGCUGCCCCACGACGCGCCUCCGCCCCCUCCGCCCUCAUCCUCCCCCUCCCCCUCCCCCACGCGGGCAAAUAACAUGAACUGGGGUGUGGAAAUGGAGGAAACGGUGUUUACGGUAGGCGAAGAGGAGGAGAAACCGGCGACGGAGCAGCCGCAGAUGGACGAUGAUCCAGCUCUUCGCAAUUCAGCGGACCCUACAUCGCUGAAGGGAGGUAGCGUUUCCAAAUCCCCUUCGCCAGAGCAGCCCUUGAGAAGCACGUCGGCGGAACGAGCCAGCUCAGACGCUCCCCCCCCCCAGUCCGGAGAGUCUGACCCACGGGCGGGGGAGGCCGAGGACUCGGGGCUCACAAAGGAGGGGGCCAGCCAGCCCAAACGGGACUCUGAGGACUCGGGGCUGACGAAGGAGGGGGCCACCCAGCCCAAACGGGACUCUGAGGACUCGGGGCUGACGAAGGAGGGGGCCACCCAGCCCAAACGGGACUCUGAGGACUCUUCUGACGACGUUUCGGACGGUCCCUCAAAGGGCGAGCCGUCGAGAGACGCGCUGGCCGACGCCGAAGGGGAGGAGGACCUCGGAUCCGUUGACCCGCCCGUCACGCCGCCCCCUCCCCGAGUCGCCGGCUCGCCGACCGAAAUCUCGAGCUCCGCCCCGUCCUCAGAACUCUGGGAGGAGGAGCCGGAUUACGACGCUUCCGAGACGGGGUCCCGGAGCACGAGGAAGCUGAGAGAGGACUGGGACGAGGACACGGGCCCGGGACGUCCCGCCGUCACAGGCGACAGCGACCCCCCCUCGGGCACCGUCGAAAGGCAGGGGACCGAAAUCUCCAGGCGAGGGGGUUCGGUCAAACCUUCGGGGACCCCUCCAGCGCCGGAGGACAGUCUGAGAGAGAGCGCCGACUCAGCCCGAUACCUCAGGAACACCAGCACGCUGGCGUCUUUACCCGGAGAUAAUUUGUUUGAAGUGUCGGUGGAAGUCCGUUUGGCUCUGGAGGGAAACGAGAACUGGGACCACCUGGUGCGUCUGGUCAUGUCGUCCGUGCAGACCAUGAUCCAGGACGAGCUGAGAGCUCACGUGGUGCCUAAGAGCAUAUCCUCCAAACGAAUUAAGAGGUUGAGUGGGGGGGUUCUGUACAUCUUCUGGCUGCAGUUCGGGGACGGCCUGGAGAGCCUGCAGGUGCACAGGUUCCUGCUCAUGGCGCUGCCACGGCUGCAGACGCGCGCGGUGAACACCAGGGGGCGCAAGGACCCCGCCUCCAUCACUUUGGUCUCCUCCGAAGACGUCAACGAGUGCGGGACGCAGGUGGUGCUGUGCGACGUCAACGCGGAGUGCAUCAACCGCUUCGGCUCCUACGCCUGCCGGUGCCACCCGGGGUUCGAGGACAGGUCCCGGCUGGGCUCGGGGGGUACGGCCUGCGUGGCCCCCGCAGGAACAGGCCCCUCCCAGUCGCAGCCCCCCUCCUCCUCCUCCCCCGGGCUUCUGAACUGCCUGUACGGCCUCUGCUUCCUGCUCGGCUUCUUCGUCGUCCUGCUGCUGUGCAUUGUGGGUGCGCAGUACCGCCGCCACCACCGGGGGGCGUUCAUGGUGCCCUGCCACGGUCACGAAAACGGCGGCAGCAGCAGCAGCGGCGGCGGCGGCGGAGGCGGAGACGGCGACGGGGGGGCCGCUCGCAACGGCUCCCGGCUGCCCCCGCCCCCCCCGCCGGUGAGGAGGCCGCGGGACGGGUGGAGCGACCCCAAGGACAAGUGCCCCUCCACGGACCUGCCCCUGCUGAAGUUCGCCCCCCUCGCACCCAACGGGGACGGGACCCAGCACCAGGAGCAGGAGGAGGGGGAUAAACUAUAGCCUGCCUGCGGUCUCCGUGCAACAGCAGUGGGGGUACUGGGGUCUGGAACAGACUGUCUGGCGACCACAACUCAGACUUAUUCCUUUCUUGUGUUCUCUCUCUGUUUUUCUUCCCUUCCUCUGUGCAGAGUUUAUAUUGGUCCGAUCCCUUGGCUUCUCUCCGUGUUUGAUUUGGAUGUUACUGUGAAAUCAGUUUUUUUUCUCUUCCCUUUUUUAUUCUUUCUUUCUUUGAAAGUGAAACCAUGACUAUGGUCAAUAUUCAUAUUUGAAUGAUGAAUUAUAAUUCACAGGAGAUUUACUGCAGCUAAAGAGCAGCUGAUGACAAUGCCAAUGCAUUUUGUACAGUUGCCCAGAAUUUAGCUGUUUAGUAGCCCUGUGGGCCUGGUCUGGUUGUUGGUUGCUUUAUUAAAUCCCCCCACUAGGGGCAGUGUUGACUGCACAAAUGUACUGAUGAAUUCACCUGCUGGGGAAUAAUUCUCAUAACAAAUAAAUGCAAGUAUGAAGCAGUA